UUGAAAUGUUAGAUGCAUGUUCAGAAAUUGUAGUACAUAGAUGACAUAAUGUUGCAUUAUGAUCGACGACAUACAUGUAUGCAUGGAGCUUGUAGCUAUCAUCACCAAUGUGGCAUCUACGUCCGAUCAUCUCGGUGAUUUCUAAAACUGAUUUAUAGCCUUUUUUAUUAUUAGAAUAGAAUAAAGCUCUCAUACAUGGACGUUUCUGAGAUAUAAAGUCAUACCCAAAAUAAAAGGCGCAGAGGAGACACUUUAUCAUUGGGAGGACUUUAUAUCCACAAGAUUGCGUGUUGCAUUUAUAUACAUGGAAUAUAGCUUGGAUAGUGACGUUAAUUAUGGCUAGACUUUGGAAGAAAUUGGUGAUUUUCGCAUUGGCAGCUUUUGUUGUAACAGUUUAUAUUGUGGUUAGUAUCUGGAAUUAUUUAACAGUGCCCGUCAACGUCGGUAUCCACAGGAAUGACCAUCAACCGCCAUUUCCUGGAAACACUGCAGAUAACAUUUGGUGGUUUGUACAGAUUUCUGACAUACAUCUGAAUGAGAUGGAGAGCAGUUCAAGAUAUCAUCAUCUACAACAUUUCUGUAUGAAAUACAUUGACAUUAUUCAACCCAAGUUAGUAUUGGUUACUGGAGAUUUGACUGAUUCUAUGUAUAAAGGUCACGUCGGACAAAGAAAAAUAGAUUGGCAAAAGUAUAGACAAAUUCUAGAAGACACUGGAGUGGUGAACAAAACAGUUUGGUUGGAUGUGAGAGGAAAUCAUGAUGUGUAUGAUGUGAUCUCUGCUGACAGUAACCAACACUUUUACAGGAAUUUCUCUCAUCGUGGACGGCAAGGUGAAUCCCAUUUCCUGUAUCAAGUCAAGUCAUCUUUUGGAAUAUAUUCUUUCAUCUAUAUUAAUGCUGUAAGAUUACCUGCAUCAAAAAUACCAUUUAAUUUCUUUGGUUAUCUCAAUAAAGAAUUACCUAGUUAA